GUCAAACCCGACCUGUUUAAUGAAAUGGAGGAAUAAGAGAAUAUUCCCCGAAGAUGCUUCUCCCCCCUCCUAUAAAAGGAGGGGUGCCCCCAAUGUGAAGAGGGGGCCAUUCCUUACAAUCAAACACUCUUCCCUGCCAACUUCCUCUCUCUCUCUAGAAAUUUGGUAGUUUAUUUUCUUAAAGAAGCUUCAAGCUUCCAUAGCUUCCAUUAAUGGCUUCUAUGCCUAAAUCAUGUACCGUGUAUACACCUCCGAUAUUAAUAAAAAUUCCCCGUUGGCAAGGUACCGCCAAAAAAGACCCGUGGUUUUCUCCUGAUUUGGGUUUCCACGUAAAAAUACUCGUGUUUAUAUUUUGGUGUAUUUUUCAGAUUAGUUUAUCGUUUUUGCCGAGCGAAAACGAUAUACCGGUCGAUAAUUUACACCAUCAAAUAAUCAUUUCAUUAUACAUUAUUGCUUUUGAAUCUUGUAAUGGGAACAGAUAAUUAAGAAUGGAGGGAGUUGGUAUAUGGUACAUCCGGAUGUACCUAGAAAUAUGUACAUCCCGGUAGUACUUAUUCUGAAAUAAAGUAGUACUCAUUCUCAUACAAAUAUAUAUAUAUUCAUUUUGAAAUAUGUAGUACUUAUUCUAGCAAAGGUAGUACUCAUUUUAAAAUAAAGAAAUACUCAUUUUUACACAUUUGUCUAAUAUACUUAUAAUAAAUAGCAUAGUGUUCAUUCUUUAAAAAAACAAUACUUAUUCUCAAAUAAGGAAAUGUUCAUUCUGAAAUAAAGUAUUGUUCAAUUUUUUUUACAAUUAAAAGGUUCAGUACCAUCAUCAACUUCUUCUUCUAUUCGAUUCGUUGCUAGUCAUUUAUACUCUCUGAGCAUGGAGAAUUUAAAAUCCAUGUUAUUCAUGUUUGUAUUGAAUAAGAAUAUGAUAAUUUUUAUAAGUGCUGGUACUCCUUAAAUCUGCUGGUAGUCAUUGUCAUAUAUAAUAGUUCUUAUAUACGGAGUAUGUUCUAGGCAUUGGAUAAAAAAUUUACAAAAUUUACAAAAAUAUCAAGCUGUACCUAAAAGAAGGUACAACGUACCAUAUAAUUUACUGAAUGGAGGGUGUAAAUACUCAUUUACUGAAUGGAGGGUGUAAAUACUCACGACUAGUUGAGUUUUCAAAUUUUUGAAUGAGAUGGAAAGCUCCGAAACCCUUUGCAAAGAAGGCAGAAACUUCAUUUCCCAUGCCUUUUUUCCCUUCGAAACCGAUUCCCCAUGUCUUUGAAAGCCUUCAAGGAGGCCUUAAAACCCUGCAAGAAUCGAUCCUCCUCGUCGUCAUCUACUCAAUCACAAACUCCCUCGAUUUGCACUCAGUUCGAUUCAUCCACUGCAAACCCUAGAAAGCCCCCCAAAUCUUCUCUUUCCCGUCAGUUUCUUCGCUUUGAAGAUUCAAUUUCCUGCUCAUCCCUGACCCAAUCACAAAGACACCAAAGUCCUACCCAUUUCAGUGUCAGAGUCAAAGAUGAGAAAGAAGAAGAAGAAGGGGCGGGAGAAGAGAAGCCCAUUGUAUUUGGGAGGUCAAAGUCGGAGGCUUUUCUUCUUGACCACACAGGGCCGUAUGAGCCUUUGGUUCUGUCUCCACAGGGCGAAACACCAUUGAUACAGGUACCAGCAUCUAUAAAUUGUGGGCUUCUGGAGCAUCAAAGAGGAGGAGUACAGUUUCUGUAUGGUUUAUACCGUAACAACUAUGGAGGUGUUCUAGGAGAUGACAUGGGAUUAGGGAAGACAAUCCAAACCAUUGCUUUCUUAGCAGCUGUGUAUGGAAAAGAUGCAGACUCCAUUGGUUCAACCUCACUGACAGGAGGGGAUCUUAAAAAGAAGGGCCCCGUACUAGUCAUCUGUCCAACUUCAGUAAUUCAUAACUGGGAGAAUGAGUUCUCCAAAUGGUCUACUUUUAGUGUAUUUGUUCAUCAUGGACCAAACCGUGAGUUGAUAUUAGACAAACUAAAAAUGUAUGGAGUUGAGAUAAUAAUUACCAGCUACGAUACAUACAGAAUCCAUGGAAGCGUUUUAUCAGAUGUCCAGUGGGAGAUUGUGAUUAUUGAUGAGGCGCACCGGCUUAAGAAUGACAAAUCUAAACUCUAUCAAGCAUGUUUAGAGAUUAAAACUAAGAAACGUUACGGUCUGACUGGAACCAUAAUGCAGAAUAAAAUCAUGGAGCUGUUCAAUCUGUUUGACUGGGUGGUACCUGGCUGUUUGGGCACGCGUGAGCACUUCAGGGAGUUCUACGAGGACCCACUUAAGCAUGGCCAGAGAUCAACUGCUUCAAACAGACUUGUGAAAGUUGCUGAAGAUAGAAAACAACACUUAGUGUCGGUUUUGCACAAGUAUUUGUUGAGAAGGACAAAGGAGGAGACAAUUGGACAUCUUAUGCUCGGAAAAGAAGACAAUGUUGUGUUUUGUGCAAUGAGUGCAAUUCAAAAACGUGUUUACCAGCGUAUGUUACAGCUACCUGAUGUCGAAUGCCUUAUCAAUAAGGACCUCCCCUGUAGUUGUGGAAGCCCUCUGAAACAGGUCGAAUGUUGCAAAAGGACUGUUAGGGAUGGCAUUAUCUGGCCAUACCUUCACAGAGACAAUCCAGAUGGUUGUGAUUCCUGCCCUUUUUGCAUUGUGCUUCCUUGUCUUGUCAAGCUCCAGCAGAUAAGCAAUCACUUAGAACUCAUCAAACCUAAUCCAAGGGACGAUCCUGACAAGCAAAGAAAAGAUGCAGAAUUUGCUGCUGCUGUAUUUGGCCCUGAUAGUGAUUUGGUUGGGGGAAAUACUCAGAGUGAGAGUUUUAUGGGUCUGAGUGAUGUCAAGCAUUGUGGGAAAAUGAGAGCUUUGGAGAAGCUUUUGUUCACUUGGAUUUCACAGGGUGACAAGAUUCUUCUUUUCAGUUAUUCUGUGAGGAUGCUGGAUAUACUCGAAAAAUUUCUUAUACGCAAAGGGUAUUGUUUUUCGAGACUCGAUGGCUCUACUCCAACUAGCUUGCGUCAAUCUCUUGUAGACGACUUCAACUCCAGCCCAAGCAAACAGGUAUUUCUCAUAUCAACAAGAGCUGGUGGCCUUGGACUCAACCUUGUCAGUGCGAACCGUGUAGUGAUAUUUGAUCCAAACUGGAAUCCUGCUCAGGAUUUGCAGGCCCAAGACAGAUCAUUUCGGUUUGGGCAGAAGAGGCAUGUCAUUGUUUUUCGUCUUCUUGCUGCUGGUUCUCUUGAAGAGCUUAUUUACUCUAGGCAGAUAUACAAACAACAGCUAUCUAACAUUGCUAUUUCUGGAUCCAAUGAGAAGCGAUACUUUGAAGGUGUGCAGGAUUGCAAAGAGUAUCAAGGCGAGCUAUUUGGAAUCUGCAAUCUUUUCCGGGAUUUGUCUGAUCAGCUUUUUACAAGUGAUAUCAUUGAAUUGCACGGGACUAAAGGCAACGAAGGCAGUGGAAGUUUUAAACAGGGCUCAAAUGACCGUGAGGGGCAUGUUAUCCCCAAUCAAGAAACUAUUGGAGUUGAGGGAAGAGAUGCAGCACUCAAGCUUCAAGACCUUGGUGUUGUUUAUGCUCAUCGCAAUGAAGACGUUGUUAACCUCCGAAAUGUGGGAAUCCCAAUCAAUGGGGAGUAUCUGAACCAAACCACGCAACAGAUGGAUUUUCCAGUCAUUGGCAGACGAAAAUCUGAUGCGAUGAACGCGAAAGAUGAGAAAGAAGAUCACGAUAAGGUGAAGACGCGUAAGAGAAGGCAGUUCACACGUAUUGCCCAGUUCAUGGGUAUGGAAGAUAAGCAAUUUAGCAGAUGGAUACUGUCUGCAACUCCAGCAGAAAGGGAAAUGGUGCUCCAAGAUUAUGGGAAGAGAAAGAAGAGUUCUGAGAUUUCUCUACUUUGUGGCAUGAAAUAGUCUGUGUGAUGUAUAAUGUAUGUUUAGUUAGUUGGUCACAGUUAUAGUUAGCAGAAUGGUUCAUAGUUUAGGAAAGCAAUAAACACCAUAUAUAAUGCAAAUAUAACUAAAAUGGUUUUACAGAAUAAUAAUCUGGUUACCAUUAUAAUCUGGCGUUCUUAUAGGAUGAAGCAGAUUGCCAAACUGUUUCUUGGUUCCACAUAUUAAUGAAUAUUUAUAACAAAACUGAAAGAAAUGAACUGAGGACAAUGGC